AUGGCACCCAAACGACCUCUGGAAGAUGAAGAAUCGGCAGAAGUCGGCGCAAAGAAACCUCGCCUCGAGGAUGGACACGACAACGAUGAUGGGAUGUUUGAAGCGCAGCCUGAAUCUGACGUCCCGGAAGACAAUGACGACGUGCUUAACCCUGGCGACACCGAAGGAGAGGAGGUUGACGAAACCGAAGCACCCCAAAUUGUACUUGAUAACCUCGACUAUGAGGACAACGACUUCCCUGCUGAGCUUGCGUACGAUGACAGCGGGACUUACCACCCGGGAUAUCACAAUCCCGCAGCCCCAAUCUAUGCAAUGCCCAAGACGACUGAGUCCUCACCUUUACCUGAACCGGUAGCUACGCCUCCAGAGCUGUCUCCCGACAAACUUGAUGAAAGGAUCAGGAACGCCUUAUUAAAGUUCUCCAAGUAUGCGACGUAUCCAGAAUUGAAACUUGACAAGCUUUCUGAAAAGAUCAGAAAGGCCUUGUUGAAAUUUCCUAAGUCCGCGGUCCCUAUGAUCUUAGCGUCGACAAAAAAGAAGGACGAGGUGGCGGAUUUGUUCCAGAACGUCAAAAGCCUAGAUGGAGGCUGGGUUGGUGUCGAGGGUAGACUUGGGAAGGGUGGCCAGGGUUGUGCCCGACUAUUUGUCAAAGUCGAUAACCAAAACAGAAUCACUGAGAGAGUCGUGGUCAAAGACAGCUUCCAGAAAUUGGAAAUGUGGGCUGAUGAAAACUUUUGGGAACGAGGCAGAGUCGGAAUCGACCCUCGAGAGUCGAUAGUGAACAAACUGUUGAGCUUGCCUACACCUGAGAGAUGGGAGCGGUAUAUCGUCGAGUACCUUGGCCAUUCUAUCAAUCACCAAUGGAAGACCAACAGGACUUAUAUGGAGUACUGCGAUGGAGGAGACCUCCACAAGCUAAUGAAAGCACAGAAUCAGAAAUAUCGCCAUCCUAAUCCGAAGUAUGAUUCUGACAUUGGAAGUGGAGAUGACUCUGUGAAUGACCACAAUCCAAAGUCGAUCGCAGUCUCGGGUGGAAAGGUCAUUCCUGAGCCAUUUGUCUGGUACUAUCUGAAGCAGAUGGCUGUCGCUUUACAUCGCAUGAGUAACAUACCUGUUCGUAAGAACAAGGGCGAUUUUGUGGUUCAUAAAGACAUCAAACCGGAAAACAUCUUCCUGACAAGUCCAGAUCCUUUUGAGUUUCCAAGAUAUCCAGUUUGCAAGGUGGGCGACUUUGGUUCCGCACACGUUACGUUUACAACCGAUCCGGACAAUCCGGGGGGAUGGUAUGAUCAUGUAACACCUGGUUACAUUCCGCCAGAGAUGGAUAUGUUUGUGUGUACUGAACUAGGAUGGGAGCUCACCACUGCCACGAACGUCUGGCAAGUCGCAAUGACAAUCGUGACUCUGAUGAGACUUCAUCGACCAGACGAAAUAAACUACGAAGACGAAGACCUAGACUUGGCCGUAAAAUCAAUGCAUUCGCUCGACGAUCUAGCGCAAGAUUAUAGUAUGGGACUUCGAAGUAUACUUGAGGAAAUGUUAUACAUCGACCCAAAAGAUCGACCCUCACCGCAGGAUAUCAUCGAGUGGUUCUACGAAAACAAAGAUAGGUGGGAGGAUAUGGCUACAGCACCAACUUGUGAUGAUUUCGAUCUACAUCCAUCAUGGUUGCACUGGUCGCCAAACGAAGAGUAUCAAAUGAACGACUUUUUCGAGAACGUACCAUCCUCAUCGCCGGCGGAGAAGAAGAUGAAGAGGAUGAUUGGGGGUCUUCCGGUGCCAGGUUCGAGUGACGAGGAUUCUUCGGAUGAUGAUGAGGAUGACGAGCAACCGAGCGUGGACGACCACGAUCAUCAUAUCCCGCAUGCGAGCAGAGUUUAUCCUGGGGACGAAGAGUACGAGGAAGAAGAGGAAGAAGGAGAGGAGGAGGAAGAAGAAGAAGAAGAAGAAGACGACGACGACGACGACGAGAGUGGUGAAGAGGAGGGAGAAGAGGAGGAAGAGGGAUACGAUCCAGACGACCCCAUGGCAGGCUCGAGUGGUCCAAGUCUUACCAGCGGUUCUGAGUUUGUACCGCCCUCUGAAGAUGAGGACAUAUUGAUGAGAGGUAUCAGUAGAGGGAGUGAUAGUUUUUGA